AUGUCGACGUCGCAAGUGAGAAUUCAGCUCAGUACGAGGAGUCCGGAUAUCGAGUUGCCCGAGGACACUGGUCCGAUCCUCGUCUCGACUGAGCUCCGUAGAUACCAGCUUUCAACCCUUGUCAACCGUCUGCUCGAGACCGAACAACCCGUCCCCUUUGAGUUCCUGAUCAACGGCCAAUUCCUCCGAACCUCGAUCGAUGAGUUCCUUACCGCCAACGGUAUCUCCGCCGAAACAACCUUGAAUGUCGAAUAUGUACGCGCUCUCGUGCCGCCGUCGCAUGUCGCCUCUUUCGAACACGACGACUGGGUCAGCAGCAUCGAUCUCCUCUCCUCUACUUCAGCGGCUGGAAAAUGGGCAGGCAAGAACUUUGCUGGUGCUGGAAACGAGCGUUUGGUGUCGGCGAGUUACGAUGGAUUGUUGAGAUUGUGGAAUCAAAGUAAAGAGGUGCUGGCGACAAGUGGAGAUGGUGGACACAGUGGACCCGUCAAGAGCGUCAAGUUCCUGGAUCACUCACGUUUGGUGUCUUCGAGCGUGGACCGCAGCGUCAGAAUCUGGAACUACAACGACAGCGAGAUUACACCAAAGGUUGAGUUACUGGGACACACAGCUUCCGUGGACAGACUGGCCGUACACACUCCCUCUCAGCGUAUCUUGACCGCCUCGCAAGAUCACACUGUCGGUAUCUUCAGCAGCGAUAUCAAGAGCAACCCUUCAGCACCCGCACAUCUCCUCCCCAACCCCUCAAACAAGCGAAGGAAAACCAGCGUCACUGUCCCUCAGCGCGGCGCACUUUCUCUCCUGGCCGGCCACACUGCACCAGUAUCAGAUGUCACUUUCAAACCCGACGAUGCCACAGUCGCAUACUCCACUUCCUGGGACCACACACUCAAGACCUGGGAUCUGGCCACUCACUCGUGCGUCGACACUCGCGCAACCUCGCACCCACUGGUCUCAGUCGCCGCUCUGCCUCAACUGAAUCUGGUUGCUGCAGGUACCACUGCUCGUCACAUCUCCCUCAUCGACCCUCGCGCUUCUGCUACUUCGAUUGUUGCCAUGACGCUUCGUGGCCACAACAAUGCUGUAGUCUCACUUGCACCCUCGCCUGAUAACGGCUAUGUCUUUGCCUCUGGUGGCCAUGACGGUAGUGUUCGUGUCUGGGAUGUCCGUAAUGCCAAAGCAGGCAAUGGCGGUAUCGCUGAAGGCGGUAUGACUGGCGAAAGCAUCUUUGUUCUCGAGCGUGAUGGUCAAGGCGAGAAGAAGCCUGUAGGCGGUGAAGGCAUCAAGGUGUUUGGUGUGCAAUGGGAUGAGGCUUGGGGUAUUGUCAGCUGCGGUGAGGAUAAGAAGGUGCAAGUCAACCAGCCCAGGUAG